AUGGGAUUAAUGACUUACAUCUCGAGUCUACUCCUCGCAUCCCAGCCCACCACCCAAUUUCAAUCGUCCACAGCCCAGAACUUCACACUCCAAGUUUGGCUCAACAACUCCCCUCUAAACCAACAAUCCGUAUCCUGGUUUCCAAAUCCAGAUUUCGAAAAGCCCGGCUUCUUCGGCAUACCAAUCCGGAGUCCAGCGGAUCCGCUCCCCGUCGGCGACCGCGCAAUCUUCGUGCGCGACAGGGACUUUCCGGAUUCGCUCUUCUUCGCGGAGCCUGAUAGCCAAAUCAACAAGGUUUUCGUGCAGGCGAGCGGUGAGGUCGAGUAUGCAGUAGACCUACCGACUGAGUUCUUCAAGCCGUACACGGGCAACUUUUCCACCGUCGAUUAUACGCACUGGCCGGAUCUGGAGACUAUUCACGUGUUGGACUUUGAGCCGCCUGGAUUUGUUCUAGGCGUGUGGCUGGCUUGUCCGAGGGACUUGGGAGUAGAGAAAGGGUACCAGCUGCUGGCUAUGACGCCGAUGUUCAAGCACGCUGGUUGCAUCACGCUGGACUGGCUGGUGAUGAGGGAAAUUGAGGCAGAACGGGUUGCGGAUCCGGAAGUUGCUGAGAGCAGGCCAGGCUUGUAG